AUGGCCGCCGUUCCCGCGCUGAGCAAGCAGCUGAACGGCUUCGCGGAAACUUCCGAGUACGCCGAUUACUCCGACUCAAGAAGCGGCCCUCGCGGCGCGCAAUCAGCAGCUGCAAGGGCCGUAGGCAACGGCAUGCCAGGGCUCGUCAACAAGGCGGUACCAUGGGUGGUGGCAUCCGGGGCGGUUAACAACCAGGGUAACCAGCCCAAGUUGAAGCUGUCGCAGCUAUACGCGCAGAUGGUAGAGCAGCAGCAGAACCUUAUAGAGCAACACGGGCUCGCGGGAGCUGUCGCAGGCGCGAACGGCACCCACCCUGCCGCUUCUUCCGCCGCCGCCGCCGCCGCGGCGGGUGGAACCGGUGCGAAGGGUGCUCGCGCCCGGGAUCAAGGGGAUUCUGGCGCAUCGCUGGAGCAGCAGCAGCAGCAGCAGCAGCUUUCGCGGAAGAGCGCGCAACAGUCCUCGCCACCGACGGCAUCAGCGCAGGCGCGCAGCGCGCAACGGGGGGAAGCGGCGGAUACGGGGAAGCAGGACGGCGGAGCUUCUGCGCGGCGGCCGCCGCCUUUGCAGCUUCAGAACGGCAACUCGUCAGAGCAUGACACGUCAGCUGCAUCGCGGUCGCAAUCGCAAUCGCAAUCGCAAUCGCAAUCGCAAUCGCAAUCGCUGUCGCAGUCGCUGUCGCAGUCGCAAUCGCUGUCGCACUCGCAGUCACAUUCGCACGGCGUUAGCCGGGAAGAGCGAGCGACAAAAAUGUACGCGCAUCCGCAGUCGCAGUCGCUGGACGAGCGGAAACUUUCCGCCCAAUCCGCCCAGUCUGCGCAUUCCGCCCAUUCAGCGCACGAACCUUCUGCGGAUCCCAUACGCGCGGAGCUCCUCCGCGAGGCAGCGCAGGCGCACCACGAGGCCGCGCGCCUGCGCGAGGACAUUGCGCGCCUGUGGCAAGAAGUUGCGCGCGCGCGGGAAGAGUGCGCGCGAAUGGGCGAACGCGCCGCAGCCUCCCUCGAAACCGCUGCCGCGGCGCUCGAAAAAGCCGCCGCAGGCGGCGCGGGAGGCGCGGGCGCGGGCGCCGUAGCGAGAGCCACGUCAUCAUCGUCCUCCAUGCCGGUCCCCCGCCACGUGCGCACGGAAGGCGGAAGCGGUCUCCUCUCCCCGUCCGGACUAAUCUCCCCCUCCGCGCGCUCCCCCAGCCCCGGCAGCGGCGGCGGCGGCGGCGGCGGCCUGCACCCGUCGGUCCGCCGACAGCUCUCCAACUCGUGGAGUGACUAUGGCGGGGGGGACGGCAGCGCGAGUCCGGGGAGUGCGGGGCAGGUGAAGGCCUUUCAGCGCCUACAGGCGGCAAAGUCUCUGGGUCUCCUCCCGCUUGCCCCCGGGGAGAGCGUGUCUAGCGCGGGCCCGGAGGAUCACGGCGGAAGCGGAAGCCCCCCCGGAUUGGCGGACAGCCCGCCUGGGUUGGCGGACAGCCCCGACGCGGGCGGCGGCGGAAGCGGAAGGUUUAACAGCCGCGCGUUGGCGGAGAGCGUGGAGCGCGCGUCCGCGUGGACCGCGGGGCUGGAGGCAGUCGGCGCAUCUGCGCCUGCGGCGGUUGCGGGGAAGGCUGGCGGAGCAGGCGCGUCCGCCGCGGGGGCGGGAAGCGCGGGAGGGGGCCGCGGAGGGGGAAGAAGCGCGCGCGAGGGGGGGGGCGGCGGCGGAGACAACUACUCGCCGUCCAGCCCGGACUCGGUGACGUCAUCGCGGAGAAGCGCGCGCGGAAGCACCGUGAGCGGAAGCAGCAACUGCUUCCCCCCGCUCCCCGGACUGGUGCAGCUGCAAGCCAUGGUCCCCGCGGGGCGCAAUUCCGUUCCGCCCAGCCCCGCCGCCAGCUCCUCGGACUCACACGCGCCUUCCGCGGGUGGGGCGCGGGGGGGUUUCGGAGGAGGGGGCCAAAGCGGCGGGGGCGGAAGAGCAAGCGGCGGAGGAGGCGGAGCGCGAGCAGGGGAAGGCAGCGAACCGGGGGGAAGCGGAGGCAUGGCGCGGAUAGAGUCUCUGCAUUUACCGCCGUCCUCCUCCCCCGCGCUCUCCUCCGCCUCUUCCGCCAUGCAGCGCUAUAGCUCCAUGGACGUGGGGGUUCUCCUUUCCGCCGCCUCCCUCCCCCCCGAUUCCUCCCUCUCCGCGGGCGUUCCGCAUUCCACUCCGCGCCUGCUAGGCCUGGCGGACACCGAGCCUGAGCUCACCGCGCGCCUGCGCACUAACAGCAGCAGCAGCGCCGCGGGGGGAUGGAUCGGCGCAAGGGGCGCGGGGGGAGCAGGGGGCGCGGGUAUGCUUUCCGCGUCCCCCGCCCAGGCGGGGCGGUCGAGCUCGUUCGGGGCAAAAGGGGCGGGCGGCAGGUCUGGGACAGGGUUGAGCCGAGCCUUGUCAGUAGCCUCGGGGCAGGCGCUGCCAGGUAUGGUAACGGGGCAAGGGGGACGGGCGGGGGCGACGGCGGGAGCGGCGGCGGGGGAGGAGGCGGGCGGGGAGGCGCGGGGGGAGGCGCGCGGAAAGAUGUGGCGGCAGGGGUCGUGCACUGAUUCGCUGCUACAGCCGUCCAUGUCAUUUGAAGACGAGGGGGGGAAACCGGGGCGGAGGGGGGCGGCGGGUCUGGGGAACCUUCAGGUGCCGAGACGGCAGGGGGCGGAGGCGUGGGGCAGGGGCGGCGGCGGGGCGGGCGCGGGAGCGGGCGGGGGAGGGUCGAGGGGGGGUAGUGGGGGAGUUUCGGUGGCGCUGUCGCCGUCUUUUGAUGGUAUAGUGCAUCACGAGCAGGAGAUGCUGUCUGCAGGGCUGAAUCACUCUGCUGCUGCUGCUGCUGGUGCUGGUGGCAGUGGUAGUGGUAGCGGUGGUGGUGGUGGGGGUGGUGCUGGUUCUAGCAGUGUUGCUCGUCCGUUGGAGCGCACUGACGAUGAGGAUUCUCCUUCCUCACACUCUUCUGCUUCCUCAGACUCAUCAUCAUCACCACGCAUAGACGCAGGGGCAGCAAAGCGAGCUGCUGCUGCUGCUUCCGCCUCUGCUGCCGUUGCCGCUGCCGCUGCCGCUGCUGCUGCUGGUGAGCCGUUCACCCAGCCACAACAUCCGGACGACGAAUCCGAUUCUGAUUACGAUUCGGAUUCGGACGAAUCGGAUUCAGGCGCCAGCUCUCCCCGGUCCACAGGCUCGGGUUCUGGUUCGGCCCAAACCUCUUCAACAGGGGGGUUAGGGGCCUCCCCUUCCUCCUCUGCAUCCGCCCCGUUUCCGCAUAACUCAGCAGGGGGGCGCGGGGGAGCGGGGGGGCGCAGCGGGGGCAGGGGGCGCGGACCAGGCGGGGGGAUUCCGGGAGGGGGAAGGGGGCGGGCGAUGGCGCUGCUGGCAACAGGAGGGGGAGGGGGAAUGCGGGGAGGGGGUGAUGGGGCAGGAGGGGCAGGAGGGAGAGGAGGCGGGGUGUUUUCCGCUGCAGGGUCUGGGAGCUUUGCGUUUCACGAUGGCUCGGAGGAAGGAGGAGGAGCAGGAGGAGGAGGGGGAGGGGGAGGGGAGAGUGCUACGGCAAGAGAUUCAAAAUCUGCUGCUGCUGCAGCAGCAACGGCCGCAGCAGCAGCGGCGGCUGCGGCAGCAGCUGCUGCAGGAGCAGCAGGAGGAGGAGCGGCAGCAGCAGCGAAGCGAGCAGUGGUGAAGAGUUUCAGUGCGGCAGGGAGUGGGAGCUUCGCGUUCCAUGCUGAAUCAGACGAUGCUUCCCCGGGCGGCAGCAGCAGCAGCCCCACACUCAAACGCCCAGCCUCAGCAGGCGACUCGGCCGCCGCCACUAAUGCUGCUUCUGCUGGUUCUGCCCCUGCUGCCCCUUCUGCGUCUGCUGCUGGUAGGUUUGUCGGGGGUGGUUCCGGUGCGGUGGGUAUGAGAGGGCUGCGUAGGGCAGUCUCAGGGGUGCCGGAUGAUCGCGCUUCUGCUGCUGCAGCAGCACGCAUGGGCUCUGCUGCUGCUGCUGCUGCUGCUGGUGCCGCUGCUGGUGGUGCCGCUGGUGGUGGUGCUGGUGCUGGUGGUGCUGGUGCUGGUGGUGCUGCUUCGGCUGGUGCGAGCAUGCGUGGGCUGCGCAGGGCAGUGUCUGGGGUGCCGGACGGCCACACCCUAUCCUCCUCUCUUGCACGAACAGUAGCAGCAGCAGGAGGAGCGGCAGGAGGAGCAGCAGGAGGAGCAGGAGGAGCAGGAGCAGGAGUGUCGCGCAUGGGUGCUGGGGGGGCAGGGGGAGCGCUGGGCGGAGGCGGAAGGGGAGGGGGAGGCGGGGGGACUGCAGGGUCGGCGGGGGGGCGGGCGUUACAGAGGGCAGUGUCAGGUGUGCCGGGAGGGAGAGGAGGCAGGGGAGGGGGAGCAGGUGGGGUGGGUUUGCAGCGGCACAAGUCGGUCGGAGGGCAGUUUUUCCAACCGCACUUAGCAGGUGGUGGUGGUGGUGCGUCGAAUCAGGCACACGCGAGUGGGGUUGGCGCGGGGAGAGUGGAGCAGGAGGAGCAGGAGGAGCAGCAGGAGCAGCAGGGGCAGGAGUGGAUAUUAACAAUCGCCCUCUUAGCGGUGGCAGCUUCUUUGCCAAAUUCGCAGGGACAGGAGGAGGAGGAGCAGGAGGAGGAGGGGGAGGUGGAGGAGGAGGAGGAGGAGGAGGAGGAGGAGGAGGUGGAGCAGGGGCGCAAGCGAGAGGAGGGGUGGGAGGAGCGAGAUGCUACGAGCGAGGAUGGGAGCACAGGAGGGGGAGAUGAUGAUGAUGAUGAUGAUGAUGGUGCGGAUGACAGUGCGAGUGUGAGCACACAGUUAUCAGAAGACACGCCACACCAUUCCAGCUUGGAUCUGUCGGUUUAUAACCAGCCUUCGAACACUCGUGCUGCUGCUGCUGGUACCGCUGGUGCUGCUGGUGCUGGCGGUGGUGGUGGUAGUGGUCGUGGUGGUGGUGCUGGUGGUGGUGCUUCUGCUGCGGCUCGUGGGUCGUAUCAAAGAGAAGAUGCGGAGGAUGGUUCAGAUGAUGAGGAGAGUGAGGAAGAGGAGGAUGAGGAGGAGGGGAGGAGGAGGCUGAGCGUCGCGAGGGCAGCAGCAGCGGCGGCGGCGGGUGCUAGAGGUGCUUACAGCAACCAGGGGGGUGCGUAUGACGACAGCAGUGAUUACACGAGCAGCAGCGAGAGCGACGUGGGCGGGCAUGCAAGCCGGCUCAGGGGCGUGGGGAUGCAUGGUGCGGGGAUGCAUGGUGUGGGGAUGCAUGGUGCGGUGAUGCGUGGUGUGGGGACGGGCGCUCCCCCUGCUGGUGGUCUGGCCACAGGUGGAGGUAAUGAUGAUGAGGAUGAGGAGGAGGAGGAUGAUGAUGACGCUCUGCACACCCCGACACCACCACACACCGGCAGCGGCGGAUCCGGCACUACUGGGGGGGCGGGGAGCGGGACGCCUGACCCCCCGCGCCGAUCCGUGCGGUUCAAACUCUCUCCAGAGAUUAGGGAGUUCACUGGGUCGGCUAUGUCUGAUGGGUCUGUCUCCUCUGGAUCUUCUGAUGAGGCCUCCCCUCCUGCCUCGACUAUCUCUGCUUCUAAAGCCAGGCUGCAAGCGCUGCUGGCUCUGCAGAAGCAGCAGGAGGAGGAGGAUCGGGAGCGGGAGCGGGAGCAGCAGCCGCAGCUGCAGCAUUCGAACUCGCAGCACCCCCCGCCGCACCAGCAGCAUUCCCAACAGCAGCAGCAGCUGCUGCAGCAGCGCCAGCAGCAGCAGCAGCAGCAAAGGCAACAGAGGAAGGAAGAAGAGGAGGAGGAUGAGGAGGAGGAGGAGGAGGAGGAGGAUGAGGAGGAAUAUGAGGAAGCGGAGGGAGAGUUUGAAGAUGAGGAAAGAAGGGAGGGUGGUUCGGGUUACAAUGUGGGAUCAGGGCAACGAGGAACAGUUGGGGGCAGAGGAGGCGGAGGGGGUGAGGGUGGAGGGAGAGGAAGGGGAUUGGCAGGUAUGGCAGGAACUGGGAUGGGUAAUAACUCCGUGCAGCAGCAUCAGCGGCAGCAGCAGCAGCAGCAACAGGAGCAGAAACAGCAGCAGCAACAACAACAGAAACAGCAGCAGUUGCUACAGCAGCAGGGGCGGAUACAGUACGAGAGAGGGUCAGCAGUGGAUGGUAUGCGUGGUGGCAACGCGGACGACAUUGAUUCAGACGAUUACUCUGAUACUGACGAUGAGGAGGGAGGGGAGGAGGAGCGUGGGGUGGCAGUGGCAGGGGGCAGACAGAGCGUGGCACGGCAUGCACCUGGGGAAUAUGGGGGGAAUGGGAGAGUGGAAAGGGGACAGGAGGACGGGGGGAGAAGGAAGGGGGAGAGGGGUGGAAAGGUGAGGGUGGGAGGGGAAAGAGGGGGGGGGGGAGGGGGGGGGUAG